UCCUGUUAAAACUACUAAAAAGAGGUCCCCCAGCCCAAAAGGAACAUAAGUAAAAAAUAUAAAGAAAGCUAAAAAAAGAAAAAGAAAAUUAUUUUCUUCAAUCUUCAAAAGGUUUAUAGGGUUUUAGUUUAACUCCGAUGACAAGAUGAUCCAUUUCUAGGCUUUCAUUUCCCUACGCUUUUGUCCGUACAAUCACUCUCAAAUUUUAGGGUUAGGGUUUUUAAUUUUUACUUGAGAAUAUCUUGGUGGAUUCCAUGGCUGACUGGCAACAGCUUUUGCAAUCAAUACUCAUAGGUCUUCUCUUCUCUUAUCUCCUCGCUAAGUUAAUCUCCUUAGUCGUUUCUUUCAAAGAAGAUAACCUUUCAAUUGCCCGAGCCCGAACAGCCCAUGUCCAAGCCCACAACAAACUCGACUCGGGUUCCGAAUCCGACCCGCAUGUCCGCACUGAUUUCGGGGGACCGCACGACGCGGAUUCGGUGAUCGCCGAAGUGGGAAGUGUUAGGAACGAGAGUGAUGGUGGUGAUGACGAUGGUGAUGAUGAUGACGACGAUGACGAUUGGGAAGGGGUGGAGUGUACGGAGCUGGAUGAGGCGUUUAGUGCAGCGACGGCGUUCGUGGCGGCGGCAGCGGCGGAUCGGUUGUCGCAGAAGGUGUCGAGUGAGGUGCAGUUGCAGCUUUACGGUUUGUACAAAAUUGCCACUGAAGGUCCUUGCACUGCUCCUCAGCCUUCUGCUUUGAAAAUGACGGCUCGUGCUAAGUGGCAAGCAUGGCACAAAUUGGGUGCUAUGCCUCCAGAAGAAGCAAUGCAGAAAUACAUUGACAUCGUUACAGAGCUAUAUCCAACUUGGGCUGCUGGUUCAGCUAUGAAGAGCAAAGGUGGGGCUGAAAAUGCUGCAAGUAGAGAUGCCAGAGGACCAAUGGGACCAGUUUUCAGCUCUUUUGUGUAUGAAGAGGAAUCUGGAAAUGAGUUGAAAAUGGAUGCUAUUCAUGCUUUUGCUAGAGAAGGAGAACUGGAUAAUUUGCUUAAAUGCAUUGAAAGUGAUGUUUCUGUGAAUUUGCGAGAUAGUGAAGGCAGGACCCCAUUGCAUUGGGCUGUAGACCGUGGCCAUUUUAAAAUUACGGAAGCACUUGUUAGCAGGAAUGCUGAUGUGAAUGCUAAGGACAAUGAAGGCCAAACCCCCUUGCAUUACGCUGUUGUGUGUGAGAGGGAAGACAUUGCUGAAUUUCUUGUGAAACAAAAUGCAGACAAAGAUAUGGAGGACGAUGAUGGCAACUCUCCAGUUGACCUGUGUGCGUUGGAUUGGCCUUGGUUGCAAUGUGCAGGCAAAGCCGAUUAACCUAUGGGUUAUGCUGAGUUUGCUUUCAGUUAAAAUAGUUCUUGACAAAUUACUCAUGGAUGUAUAUGGCUAUAAACAACCUUUUGUUCUUUUUCCAUAGUUAUAUGCUAAUGUGGGGCACUAUGUUGUUCAUUUAUUGCCCUCAUCUUCUUAAUUACUGCUCCCUCUUUCUCCCUAAUUAUAUUGAAGAGAAUAUUUAGCCAGUGAAAUGAAUUCAAAUGCUUUCUUUUGAAGGUGGUAAAAAAGAGAGAGGUUUAUUCA